AUGGGCUCCUCAAGUCCCUACGCUGCCGCGCAUCUCAAUCCUCAAGGCGCCGGGGACGCCCGACCAACCGCCCUCCAGAUCAUCCAAGAUGAGGGUGUCAAAGGCAAGCUGGCUGGCAAGGUGAUUGUUAUCACUGGCGCCACGUCAGGCAUCGGUGUUGAGACCGCCCGCGCCUUGAAGGCCACGGGAGCCACUCUGUUCCUCACGGCCCGCAACCUGGCGAAGGCCCACAAGAACCUGGCCGGUAUCCUCGAGCCCGGCAUUGUCUCGCUCGUUGGGAUGGACCUACAUUCUUUCAAGAGCAUCUGUGCUGGUGCGGAGCAGAUCCUCUCCGCCACACAGGGCCAGGUUAACAUCCUCAUCAACAAUGCAGGAGUGAUGGGCCAGCAGACCUACACGCUCACUGAGGAUGGAAUUGAGGCGCACUUCUCUGGCAACUAUAUGGGAUUCUUCUUGCUCUUCCAACUGCUGAAGCAAGCUCUGCUGGCCAGCGUGACACCUGACUUCCAUUCCCGUGUGGUCGUGGUGGCCUCCUCUGCACACCGCGCCGCCACUCUCCCCGCCAGUGAUAACUACAACUUCGAAAAAGGCGGAUACAGCCAUGAGAUAGCCUACAGCAAUUCCAAGCUGGCGGCCGUGUACUUGGCCAACAAGAUUGAGAGAGACUAUAGUGCUCAAGGACUGCAUGCCACUAGUCUGCAUCCCGGUGCCAUCAACACCGACAUUUCCCGCAACAUGCCCCCUGAGUUCCUGGAGGGACUUAUGACCAACCCAUACAUUCUGAAGAUCCUGAAGUCAGCGGAACAGGGUGCAGCAACGACCGUCUGGGCUGCUGUGAGCAAAGAGUGGGAGAAUAAUGGUGGCAAAUAUUUAGAGGAUGUCCGGGAAGCAGAGCGGGGUCCGGAUGAUGGUCAGGUCCUAGGAGUUGGAUGGGUGAGGCAGACCUAUAACCCUGAGGAGGAGGACCGCCUUUGGAGAGAUUCGCUGAAGAUUGUUGGUCUAGGCCUAGAGAAUAAUUUUAUUUAA